AUGGCGGAAGGCGUCUUCAGAUCUACGGUCUCCAAGUCGCCCCAUCAGCACCUCAUUUCAGAAGUUGAUUCAUGUGGGACGGGCGCAUAUCACCUUGGCUCCAGCCCCGAUUCGAGGACAAUGUCGACUCUGGAGGAUCAUGGAAUCACCGACUAUGACCAUGAAGCUCGAAAGAUUCAAACCUCGGAUUUCCAACGCUUUGAUUAUAUUUUUGCCAUGGACCGAGAUAAUCUUCGAGAUUUGCAAAGAAUCCAGCAACGAGCUGAGGGAAAGGCAAAACUAAUGCUGUUUGGGGAAUUCGGCGGGAAGAAGAAAGCCGAAGAGGUGAUUGAUCCGUAUUAUGGUGCCAGAGAUGGUUUCGACAUAGCCUACGAGCAAUGCGUGAGGUUCUCGAAAAAUUUCUUGAAGGAAACUUUUCCAGAUGUUGACCCUUGA